CAAAAGUGCUUUGAAUCAUCAUGUUUCCAGCUCUAAAGGAAAGGUCCUGUUUGUGAGAACCAUCAACAUAUACUUAUAGAACAGAGAACAAGCAAAGAAAUAUGAUGCAUCAACUUGGACAACAGGUACUAUUUCAUUCAAAUUGCCAUUGCGUUGAAAAUCUUACAUAACCUGCUUUGUAAUGUGUAAAAGGAAAGAAGGCGUCGUUUGUUGUUUUUGAUUCGUUUUCGUUUCACUGUAAAACGUUUGCUUUUACCUACGUUAUUUCGCCAAACAAUCUUUCUUUCUGUGUCUCAGGUCGGUUGAAAUUGUAUAAAAAUGUGAGCCUUUUUAAGUUUGGUUUUAUGAUGAAAUUUUAGUCUUUAAAAUCAGAGCAAGCGAGUAAUGGAGGCUGACAACUAUUUACACUUGUUUUCCUUUGAUGUAGAUAUAGUUAAGCAUGAUCACCUAUCUAAACGUUUACAAUCUGUUGGAAGAAUUUGCAGAAUAUAUAGUCUCUGUAGAAUUCUCGCGAGUUAUAUAGUUAUUUUUUCAAAGUUUGGAAAUGUAAGGAUCACUUCCCCGGGAACAUUGCCAGACAGCAAUCGCAGAAUACCAGAACAUCAUAAUGAUCAAUAUUUCCUCUUUCCACUCUCUACGUCAAUGAUAAUGAGUACAGAAGAAACUUAAUCACUCUUUUGUAAUCCUAGGACACACUAUGUAAUAUGCAAAUAAUCUUAUAUGAUGUUUGAUAGUAAAACAAAUCAUCUGCAGAUCUAUGUAAAGGGAGUAAGUAAAGUAACCCAUAUUAAAUUUUCUACAAUUUAGUCUCUCCAAGAACGUUUGUGACUUCAUGUGCUUCAGUAUUUACCCUGGCCAUAUAAAGUAAUGAAACAUAAAUGAUAACUGCAGUAUUUUGUUUGGAGAAAAGACAAGAACUUUUUGACUUGCGUAUUAAAAAAUGUCUUAGAAAAGUGGAAAAUGUUAGUGUUAGUAGUAGUUAUUUAAAUAACCAUAGCAGUUAUAAGAGCAAAACAAGAAAAGAUCCAGUGAUCAUCUAGCUGCCAUAUUUGACCUUUAAAACAAGGAUCUCAUUUACACUUGUUAUUUUGUACCUUAAUAUCUCACUGACUGUGACAGAGUAUACAUUUAGAAAUUUCCAAAAGCAUUAUUUUUAAGGAUGCCCAUGGUCAUGAAAACAACCUACAUUGUAAAAUAUAGCAGAUAGGUGAGGCAAAAGGAAAAGAAUUAGAAGUACAUCAUGGUUCUUUCAUCAUAGACUUCAGAGUUUUCCACCAAAAUACAGAAAUCUUGAGAAAGUGUUUCUGUGAGUUGAGAUAUAUAUACCUGAGAUAUAUAUAUGGUAUUUCAUCUGCAUAUGUAGGUAGAAUAACACCCUUGUUGUAACUUAAAGUGCUUGCAAUUUGAUCAACCAUUUUUUUUGCUAAUUUACAGCGAGGAUUUCCUCACAGCCAUCCUACACAGGCUUCAAACUUGUCUGAAAUGGAAAGAGAGAAAAUUUAUACUUGGGUUCUUGAGCUGUCUAGUCCUGAUACAAGAGAGCAUGCACUGCUGGAGCUCAGGUAUAUGUUUUAAUUUGAACUGAUUUCAAGUUGAUUUUGUUCAACAAUUCAACUAUUUGACUGAAAGAAGAAAUUGUCAUGUAAUUUCUCUCUCUGGAAAUAUCAAUACAUUUUCCAUUGAGCAGUUAUGAAGACUAAACAAAUUUCAAGGGUUGCAGUAAGGGGUGGAAACCAGUACAAUUUGCCAUCUGCCUUAAUUUUUCUGAAAUAUAUUACAUUAAAGUGAAGAUCAAACCUCGUUUAGCCACCUACUUUGCAGUUUUUACCAUCUACAUGUACUUCAAAAGUUAUUGAAACCCCUGAAUUUACAAUUGUACUAGUAGAUAACAUCUUGGAAUGCAUACAUGCUUAUUCUAAAGAGUUCUAGGUCAUUCACAACAUCUCAAGUUUUUUGUGAACAUCUAGUUUUGUCAUGUAUGGUUAUCAUACGCCCCUUUUUGUGCCAAAUGAGCUUGCAGGCGAGAAAAGAGCCUAUGUUUAUGUUAUAAAUCAUCCCUAAGUGGUAUUAUGCACAGUAGAGGAUGAACACUGUUGAAAUUAUUUUUACUUGAAAAUAUUGAUAACAUUAGAACUGUAACACCUCUCUACAGUUACUGGUAACUUAGAGGGUUGAAUAUUGUCCUUCAUAGGUAGUAAUGCUUCUAUCAGUUUAAAGCUUCAAUAUCUUCCCCCUCUCCAUGGGCAAACUCCUGGGCAUUUGAACUUUUCCAUAGCCAAAAUUGUGUUAAAUGCUCGACUGAAGUGCUGGAUUUGAACAUCAUUUUGUCCAAGGCAAGAUUAGCGAUGGUGUCUUUUUAGUAGACCUUUCCUUCUGACCCAUCUGCUCACAAAAAUGAACUUUUUACCUUAAACUUCUCAGUCUAUACUAAAAGAUAAAACACAUUUAUUUUGCUGGAAAGACUUGUCAGUUCCCAGCUCAAAUUCCCCACCCCAACCAGAGAAGGUUCAAAAUCCCACCCUCCAGGCAUGGAUGAGAGUAAAAUGCCUGUGGGCUGGCAUAGGGGAUGUUAAGGGUUUGAACUGAUUACAGAAUCCAAUAUUUAGUCAAUAAUGCCACUUACAGAAGCAUUAAAUAAUUAUUAGAAGUAUCUUGCUUAGUAAGUGCAGCAAUUUAAGAUCACUCAAUUAAGAAUUGACCACUUCAUGGAUACCUUUCCAAUCUUUCAAUAAUACUUUGGCCCUAUGCAAUAUUUUAUAAUUAAUUCUGUUUGUGCACCUUCAACAAUCUGAUGUAUGAUUUAGACAGUCUUGCAAAAUGCAUUUUUUCCUCUAAGUAAACUUUAAUCAAUUAACUUUUAUCAUUUUCUGUGAGUCAGCAAAAAAAGGGAAGUUGUUCCUGAUUUAGCACCUAUGCUGUGGCAUUCAUUUGGUAAGUUGGACAAGUAAUUUUUUUGUGAUUCUUUUUAUGAUAAAAUUUCUUCUAGAAGCUAAAUGUACAUUGUGUAAAAUAAUGCUACAUGUGCAUGUUAAUGGUUCAAAAUUUUAUUAUAAUUACUCUGUUUUUGUGUUACAGGAACCAUUGCAGCAUUGUUGCAGGAAAUAGUUAACAUUUAUCCAGUUAUAAACCCUCCAAAUCUCACGGUAAGUAAUUUAUGGUUGAUGAAAAACUAUAGAAUGACAUACUAAGCUUCUUGUUUAUUUUUAUUUCAAAUAUGUUAAUCUAAGUGUUGCAAAAAUUCAGUUAUGUACUUUAUUACUUUAUUCAGGCCCAUCAGUCUAACCGUGUUUGUAAUGCUCUGGCUCUUCUACAAUGUGUUGCCUCUCAUCCUGAAACUAGGUCAGCAUUUUUACAAGGUAGGAUGUUUUGUGGCUUGUAAAGAUUUUUACGAUAAGUCAGUCAUUCAAACAUCAGAGGGAAAGUGGAGAUACUUUGGGACACAACUGUUGUGGGGGAAAAAAAAAAACAGAUGCACAAAUCAACUUGUACACAUGUGCAAGAAGAAUUAUAUCAAGCAUGUAUAAUGGGUACAUAACACUCACAUAUUAGAUGAGUUCUAAUUACUGAUUUACACAAACAUAUGUGCAUAUGGGUAUUUGAUUACAUGCAGGUGCAUUAGUGAGGUGCAAUGUUUGUGUUUCACCCAAGCAGUGCGUGGCAAUUGCAUGUGCAUCUAGAGCAUGUAAUGCUACGGUACAUGCAAGCAGUGCUACUCAAAAAGCCCUUUAUUAUAAUAACUUAGAGGAAAAUAAACAAGUCAAAAUGAAAUGAACUUCUCACAAUUACAGUAGACUUAUGUUAAUAAUUCAGAGGAAAAUAAACAAGUCAGAUAAAAUGAACUCUUUUCAAUAACAGUGGACUCCUGGUAAAUUGACAGGAAAUAGAAAUCAUGUUUUUCUUGCUUGGUUUAUAACUGUUCAAACAGUGUAUUGAGUCAGCUUUAGAACAAAGGGGCUUCACUUAUUGAAUGUUAAAAUCACUUUGAGACAGUGGAAUUUUGAUUCAUUCAAUUUUUAUGGUUUGAUUCAUCAAGUGUAAAAUGAAAGUAGAUCAUUAAGUAUGUACAGUUUGGUGCUAAUCCUGGAGAUCAAACUUGAUAUGAGUAACAAGGAGUUAGCUGUAAUAAAUUAAUUUAUGAUCACCCUUUUUUAUUGCCUUGUGUGUUGAUAAGUGAGGUAAUUACUGUGUUGAUGUCAAUGAGAAAAAUAUUAUUACCAGUUUUUACACUUUAGGAUGUGAUCUACAUUUCUCGAUUUGCUUAGAAACUUGUUUUAUAAAAUUAAUAACUCUUGUACUUUCAUGGUAUUUUAUACUUAUUUUGCUCUACAGCACACAUCCCCUUGUUCCUUUAUCCUUUCCUUCACACCACAAGUAAAACAAGGCCAUUUGAGUAUCUGAGAUUAACUAGCCUUGGAGUUGUAGGAGCUCUAGUAAAGGUAUGUUAUCUGAUUAGCAUAAUAAAAUAAGAUCUUUCUCUGUGGGAAAGUUAUUAAUAAUCUAAUAAGUAUUAUUAUGAUUGUUUUUCAGACUGAUGAAGCUGAAGUUAUCAAUUUCCUCCUCACAACAGAAAUAAUUCCUUUGUGCUUAAGAAUCAUGGAAUCUGGUAGUGAACUGUCAAAGACUGUAAGUGAUUGUCACACCUUCCUUUGACGAACCCAUGGAACCAGGGUGCUUUUGUCUCCCAUUGUAACAUUAUAUACCAUAACUUAUUUAGAGUUCUUUACAAAGACUUUUUAAUGUAUCAAUAGCAUUUUUAAUUGGUGUUUCUUUACCCUGCAACUGCCAAAAUAGGGUUAAUAGUUGUCUCUUGUAAUGAAGGUUAAAAAUUAUUUAAUUGUAACAAAUAAGGUAAGAGAUUAGACAUUGUAGCUGACAGGGUACUCAAUUUUCAGCAGCUAUCUGCCUUUAUAAUGUACUUGAUUCUGUUUGCUCAAUCAACCCUUUAACUCUUAAUGUGCAUACAUUACCCACCAAACAGGUGGUGAGAAUAUUCAAACUUAUCAGUUAGAGCUUGUUGUCUUGAUCUAACACUGACUUCUUUAACUAAUUUACAAUGUGUAGCAGCAAGAGGGGAGAGUUAACAAUUAGAUUUAAUUUGGAUUUUGAUUUGACUCAAACAGUUAAAUUUGUCUCUCUUUUGUCUCAGGUAGCAACAUUUAUAUUGCAAAAAAUUCUUCUUGAUGAGACAGGGCUAUCAUAUAUUUGCCAAACAUAUGAGAGGUUUUCUCAUGUGGCCAUGAUCUUGGUAAGUAAAAUUCUAGGCACUGAUUGUAUAGUACUACAUAUUUGAAUCUUCUUUGUUGUCUGUAAGGAAGUUUUUUUCGAAUAGGAACUAAUACUGCUUUGGAACUUGUUGGAUUACAUUGAUGGAGAGAAUGCUUUGCUUUUGCUCAUUAAUGUGUAUUCAUCUGUCCCACUGAAUAUUUCAUUAGAUGUUAUGAUGAAGGUUGAAGUUAGCUCUUGGUCACUUGGUUUGUGCCACUAUGGGUUGAGAAAGAAUGAAGCAUUUAACAAAUAUAAAAUUAUAUGAUUUAUGAUUGGGUUUCAGGGGAAGAUGGUGUUAGCUUUAGCUAAGGACCAGUCAGCAAGGCUACUGAAACAUGUGGUUAGGUGUUACCUUCGCCUCUCAGACAAUCCCAGGUGUGUUAGCAUUUGAUACAUGAUGAUUGAAAGUUUAGAAUCUGAUUUUCCUUUUGUCAGGUAACCACUAAGGUAGCUAUUGUGGUUCUGCCUUUACUAUCUCAAAAUUCUUACUUCAGUAAUGUUAUUAGAGGCUUUCUAAGAUAAGUAGACUCUGGGAACAUCAUUUAUCUUUGCAGAGCCUUCUCGAGUGCAUUUUUUCUAGAAGCUGCUAAACAAAAAUGCGUUUUCAGUUUCAGCCUCUCCUGAACUGCAAUAGUUCUGUCAAGUGGAGAUAUACUUAACCGUACAAUUUCUUUUAAUUUGAUGUUGCCAUAUAUUUAGGGCCCGUGAAGCUCUUAGACAGUGUCUACCUGAUCAACUGAAAGAUGGUACAUUUUCUAACUGUCUGAAGGAUGAUGCAUCUACCAAACGAUGGCUCAGCCAGCUUAUGAAGAACUUACAAGAUCCCAGCUUAUCUGACCCAAGGGGAAUACCUCUGCCCCCUUAAAAUCGACCUAUUGAAAAAAAUCAAACCUUUGUAAAUAUACCUUUCUUUGUUUUGGAAAUCUCUGUACCAUGGUAUUUUUGUAGACCAAUAUCAGUAAAGUCUAAUUUGUACAGGGGUUAUUUUGGAUAUGGUUACUUCUUCAUAAAGUCUGAAGUAAUAAAUAUAAUCAAAACUUCGAUUCAAAGCAACUGAUCCUAGCUUGUUGUUGUUUUAAGUACUGACUUUCUGAUUUUGAGUUUGACAGCCUUUUUAAGCAGCUAGACAUUGAACUGGGUCAUUGUUAGCAAGGGAAAGAGAUUCUGGAAUACUGGUAAACGUUUUCAUCAACAAUUUGUAUUUUCAAACAGGGAUUAGUACAUUUCAAAGUGUGGUGGCAAUUAAGCCUGCUUGUUUUGAUUGCUGUCCAAAGUGUCUUCCAUACCCUUGUCCUUUGAUUUGUUUAGGCAGAUGGCUGGGAGAUGGAAAAAAGAAUUUGAAGCCUUGAUGUGUCCUUGGGAAAGUAGCCUGGUUGCUUUGCAAGGUGUCAAACAUCUAGGCUUCAAUAGUCUCUUUUUAAUGUUCUAACCAUCUGCCUCUCUGGAAUCUCAAAGCUGUGGCUGUGUCAUAGUUUCACAUAUAUUUUUUUAAUGGUGGUGGUAAGAAAUGUACGGCCUCUGGAGAAAAUCUCUCUUAAGUCCUGAUUUCUUUAUUUUGGAAGAUAGAUUAAAGGCUAAUCAAUGAGGGGGGAGGGGGUGCUUCAAUAAAAUUUUAGAAGGGGAUCAAUACAUGAUGUAGACUUGCCACCUCCCAGAAUCAUUUGCAGUCUCACCAUUAGUUCUCUGUGAAAAAUGGCCAGAAAAUAAACUAAUUAUCUUGAAAAUUUUGAAUAGAAUGAACAGCUUGGAUGGUUCCCUUGAUCAAUAAACUCUAUUACA